AUGGCGUCCGGGCCGAUCGAUUCCGUCAAUACCCCCGGCGCCGCCGCCGCCAACGCCUCCGGAUCCCACAUGGCGUCCGGGUCGAUCGAUUCCGUCAAUGCCCCCGGCGCCGCCGCCAACGCCUCCGGAUCCCACAUGGCGUCCGGGCCGAUCGAUUCCGUCAAUACCCCCGGCGCCGCCGCCAACGCCUCCGGAUCCCACACGGCGUACGGGUCGAUCGAUUCCGUCAAUCCCCCCGGCGCCGCCGCCAACGCCUCCCGCCGGCUAGGCUCGAUUCUCCUCGACCGGCAGCGGGCCUACAUCACCAAAGGCAUCGACAGUAGAAGAAACGAGACCACGGCCACUGCCGAUUCGAAGGCUGACUAUUUGGUAUCCGUCUCCUUCUGGAUGGCGGAGCCACCGGGUAUCUCCUGCAUCUCCGUUGAGUGCUACAGGCCGCCCGCCGACCUUAGGCCCGGGGACUUGGCUGUUCUGCCUCACGUGGUUGGCGCGGACGGCCGCUUUGUUCUUCUGCGCGCCCGGUUCCACUCCUACUACGAUAUGGAUGAGUACUUCAUGUACAAGGCCGGCUCCGGCGAGUCGCCGUCGCUUCAAUGGGUUCCGCUUCCCGACGACGACAUUGAGGGCAUCGCUCUGGGCAGGGUCUCGGAGUUCGGCGUCGUGCCCCGUGACCACAGGAAUCAUUACCUCCUGGCCGCUCUAUGUGACGACCCUGAUGCCCCCGCAGACUAUCACCUUCGAAUCUACUCGUCCGAGACCAAAGCAUGGAGCACUAGGACUCUGCUCAAUCCAUGCCCCGGAGUACGGAAGAUUAUACCUGAUAAGGUGAUCGCGCUUGGAGAAGGUUCACUAGGUUGGGUUGAUUUCUCAUGCGGCUUGGUGGCAUGUGACUUGCGUCAAGAUCCCCCUGUUGUUCGUUUCAUACCAUUGCCCGAGCCAUUGCCUGGAAACAGGGACAAAGUAGAAGCAUCCCUCCCAAUCCCAGGAGCUGCUGCAAGGUCGUUCCGGGAUCUGGCAUGUUUCAGUGGGGUGCUCAAGUUUUUCGAGAUGGAGCGUCACAUGACUGAAGAGCCUAACGACCCCACUGACAAGGAUGUUCUGUACGAUUCAGACUUAAUCACGUCGCUCAAGCGCAAUGGCGUGGAUGAGAAGAAGCCCAAGUCAAGGGAUUGUUGGAGGGCCGUGACCUGGAGUCGGACGGUUUGCUCAAACUUUUGGCGCAAGGAAUGCACUCUUAGUGGUGAUGACAUCUUGCUCGACGAAACAAAGCAUUCAGCAUUGGUGUCAAGGCUAAGGGGCAAUGCUUGCGGGGAGUUGACACUCAGUGACCUGUACUUGGCUUUCCCCAACCUGAGCACUGAUGGUGACAAUAUUCUUUACCUCAUGUCCGUGGCGGAACCUGGUGAUCAGAGUGGAUGGGUGGUGGCUGUUGACCUCGGAAACAGGACUGUGAAAGCAGCUGUAGCAUGUUCUUUCAAGGAACAUGACGCUUCCAACCAAGCUUUCCGUCCCUGUACAUUGUCCCGGUAUCUGAACAUGACUCCAGGCACUGAAGUCUCGGCAUGUCGCAAGAUGGUACAGGGGAGCUCUGCCAAUGUUAGCGUGGAGGCAUUGUUUCAUGCUCUCAGGCCACCACUUCCAUCACGCAGGCCAUUGCCACAUGUUGAAAGCAACCCUAAAAUGAAGGAGCUCCAAAGUAUUCUGCUCAUGGCUGGGAAAAACAAGCGUGCUCGAAAUGAACCGCACAGUAUUGUUCAGAACGAUCAUGUUUCAGAAGUCCAACCUGUUCAAACCAAUCUGACACAGCAAUGCGUCAACAAGCUGGAUCAGCCCCUCAACCCUGUGUAUGAACAGUUGCCCCCUGCCCCGCUUUUACCGGGCUAUGAAAAUUCGCAGCCAUUGUGGCAGCAGCCAUCACCAUCCAAUAAGCCGCUCGGCGAGUUUCGUCCUCGUAAGGUAUAA